CUUACAAAAGAGGAAGGGCAUCUGGUGUGUCAAAGAACCUUUCUGAAAAAAGUAAGCUAUCAAAAGAUUAACAACAGGCAAUUGAGAUAAAGAUGGUAAGUUAUUGUUCAUAUUUGUUAAUAUUAACACUGUGUUAAUAACAUAGUGAUCUGUGGUUUUGCCUUUGACAAAAAUCAUAAACUAAAGGAUAGAGAAUAAUAUUUUUCAAAAAUGGUAAUUUUUUGUAAGGCUGUUUUUCUAGUGGAGGUCUAGUUAGACCCUGAAUAAACAAGGAUUAGGUUGUUUAUUGUUCUUAUACUGCUGAAGCUAAUACUUCAUGUUAGCAACUCAAACUCUGCAGUCACCUCUUGUCCUUUGCCCUCUAUCCUUACCCUAGACUGGGAGAUAAAGUAAUAAGAUGAGAGUUACGAAAAACUUAAUACAAGGUAUUCAUUGUCAAGAUACUGAAAUGAGCAGCAUAAAUAGUUGUCAGCUGUCUGCAUGUGAACAAAAAAAAUUACAAAGGAAGGCCACAAUGCAUAGAGGAUGUGAGGGAGAUUAAUUAUUACUCAGGAAUGACUCUUGAACUAAAUUAGCUAUUGGUACCAGCUUUUAGUUAGGACGGUGCUAGUUGUGGAGGGUUUUAGAAAGAUGGUGGAAAAGACGGUCUGAAAAUAGAAGUUGGACAGCGAAGGUAAACACAAUAUCCAAUUUGAAGGCAAUACAAAACAAAAUGUAAUUUCAAAAUUCUAAAAAGUCAAGAUAUUGAAAGAACCUGUAAUGGGAGAUUAAUAAAUGUGUUUGUGAGCAUAGCGGUACAGUGUGGCUAAAGCAUGAGUGAUUCCUUGGUUUAGGAUGGGGAAAAAAAGAUUAUUUAAAUAUAUGAAAGUUUGUAAGUGUACUCUUGAUCCUGUGCAAGGUUUUAGAGUAAAUUUUAGCAAGACUGUGACCACUGAAAUAAGGAGAGACAUGAUUAAUUUGAGCAGCUCAAUCUAGUGAAAGAUGUCUCACCUAUAGCAAGGGGAUUGGGACUAGAUAUUUUAAAGUCCUGUCCAACCCAAGCCAUUCCAUGAUUCUAACCGUGACAAGAGCUCUUUAUUGUGACCUUGCUGCGGAAGAAAACAUUGUGUAACUGCACUUGCCUGACUGACUGGGCAGAUAUGUCAGUUGUAGGCUGAUGACAAGCUCAGAUGUAUUGAUGCAAUAUGUUGCAUCUCCAAAAAAUGAAAUCCUAGCACACAUUAAGAAAGAAAAUUUCCAACAAUGAUGAGGGCAUGUUAACUUGCCACAUAUAAAUGGAUAAGGUACAGGCAUUUCCGGUCUCUUGUACUAGAGAGUAAUGGAAACUGGGCCAGCUGCAGAGAAACACUGGGCGAAGGAAAACUGUUUGUUAUGAUAUGGUUUUACCUUUCAUUCAACUCUUUUGUUGAAUGAAAAGGUAAUGAAAAUGAAGAUGAGGAGGUGAUAUCACUACAGUCUGUCAGGGUGGUGGAGAGUAAGAAAGUCUGUUUACCAUUAAGUGGAAUACUGCAAAGAAGCCAUUGAUACCAUUAGCUAAAUUUAGUAUUAAAGCAAAUCUGCAUCAUUUGUGACAUGCUUACUUGCAUAUUAAUUGGAAUUUAAAAAUGCAAAAUCAAAAUGAAUUGUCACUAUAAAAGAAGAGCAUUUAAAUAUGCUGAAAGCAUACCUUUAAAGUUAAAAUUUGCCAUUUCACCCUUUUUAUAGUGAGGAAGUAUAAAUGUAGUGUUCUUAAUUAUACUGACGUAAUGUGUUUUAUGACUACAUAUUUGUGCUGUUUAUUUCAGGAGAGCAAAAUUAAUGAGUUAUGUUGCGGAAACCAUGAAUUUCACUCAUCAAAUUAUAAGGCAGCAUAAAUUACAAGGAUAAAGAAAUUUGCAUGGACAUUUAGAUCCGUUCAAAAUGAUGUGUGCUGGGAAAAAAUUUUACUUUGCUGCUGCUGUGUGCAUUAUGACUGUAACUUCAAUGCUUGCAGUUUCUUAUCUGAAGUUACAGAGACUUUCUCAUCAGCCAAAAGUAAUUCAAGAAGGUGGAAGAUGUAGAGGGAAACUUGCCAUUAGCACAAUAACAGCAUUAGAAGGUAACAAAACUUUUAUUAUAUCCCCAUACUUUGAUGACAGAGAAAGCAAAGUCACUCGUCUGAUUGGGAUAGUUCACCAUGAAGAUGUAAAACAACUGUACUGCUGGUUCUGCUGUCAGGCCAAUGGAAAGAUACAUGUAUCAAAAGCAAACAUUGAUGUUCACUCAGAUAGAUUUGGAUUCCCUUAUGGUGCAACAGAUAUAGUUUGUUUGGAACCUAAAAAUUGUGAUCCAACACAUGUAUCAAUUCAUCAGUCUCCAUAUGGAAAUAUUGACCAGCUGCCGAGGUUUGAAAUUAAAAAUCGCAAGCCUGAGACCUCUUCUGUUGACUUCACCGUGUGCAUUUCUGCCAUGUUUGGAAACUACAACAAUGUCUUGCAGUUUAUACAGAGUAUGGAAAUGUAUAAGAUUCUUGGAGCACAGAAAGUGGUGAUCUAUAAGAACAACUGCAGCCAUCUGAUGGAGAAAGUCUUGAAGUUUUAUGUAGAAGAAGGAACUGUUGAGGUAAUUCCCUGGCCAAUAAACUCACACCUCAGGGUUUCUUCUGCAUGGCGCUUCAUGCAAGACGGGACACACAUUGGCUACUAUGGACAAAUCACAGCUCUAAAUGACUGUAUAUACCAUAACAUGGAAAGGAGCAAGUUUGUGGUCCUUAAUGAUGCUGAUGAAAUAAUUCUUCCCCUUAAACACCCAGACUGGAAAACAAUGAUGAACAGUCUUCAGGAAGAAAACCCAGGGGCUAGUGUUUUCCUCUUUGAGAACCAUAUCUUCCCAGAAGCUGUAUCUUCUCACACGUUCAACAUUUCAUCUUGGAAUACUGUGCCAGGAGUUAACAUAUUACAGCAUGUAUACAGAGAGCCUGACAGGAAAAAUGUAAUGAAUCCCAGGAAAAUGAUAGUUGAUCCACGAAAGGUGAUCCAGACUUCAGUCCAUUCUGUCCUACGUGCUUAUGGGAAGAGCGUGUAUGUUCCCAUGGAUGUUGCCCUCAUUUAUCACUGUCGGAAGGGCCUUCAAGGAAACCUUCCCAGAGAAUCUCUCAUCAGGGAUACAACACUGUGGAGAUAUAACUCAUCAUUAAUCAUGAAUGUUAACAAGGUUCUAUCUCAAACCAUGCUGCAAACUCAAAAUUGAAACCUCAGUUAUAAAGAGUGAAAGUGGAGGGCUACCUGUAUUGUAGGAAGACAGAGAAUAUAAUUUAAAAAUCACAUUACAUUGAUUUUCACAUGGAGUCUACAUUUUUCUGCAAUUAUUUAGGGAAGAUAUAGCAAAGCCAUGAAUCACUUAAUGAUGAUAUUAAGGGUCAAUGCAGAUUGUAGCAUCUCUUCUGGGAAAUGUACAAUUUGUUUUCAGUUAAUAAUAAAAAUCAGUAUUUGUCAAUUGAUUCAAAUAAUGCAAAAUAGUUUUCAACCUAUGUACAAAAAGUUCAAAUACAAUCAUUAGUAUAAAGGUAGCAUUGCUUAAUUAUUGCAGUUUGUAUGUCACUGGGUACUAAAUUUGUAUGGAUCAAUAUGAGUAAAAGGUAGACAAGUAAUUGAGUACAAUCUUCCUUUCAGUUGUAAAAAAUUACCCCUUACUGAAAGGGAAAUAGUUCUUGGAAAUAGUAUAUGUUAAAGAUGUGAUGGAUUGUAACACUAAACACAGCCAUUGGAGUUUUGCUGAUAAAGAAUGUCUUGUUCAACUGGGCUUUGGAGACAUGUAAGUUUGAGAAGAGUCAUUGCACGUAUUCCUGAAUUACUAAAGUGCUAAAUGCUGAGUUGUGUCAACAAGCUUUAAUAGAGGCAAGGGAGAGAGAUUCAUCUUAAUGAAAAAGAUACUUUUGUGAACCAAAAAGAACCUAUUUCAAGGAGGAAAAAAUAGAUGGCCAAACAACUUUUAUGAAAUGUAAUAUUUUGUUGGGGUUUUUUCUGGCACCUUGAAGCCUCGUAGGAAAAUAUUUUGUGAGAUUUAGACACAAGUUGGAUUUUAGUCCUUUAUGUGAUGGGUAAGUUGAAUUACAUUGCUUCCUUGGUAGGUGUAAGGGUACAGAAGCUGCAUUUUUUCUUAACUCUAUCUGGAAAUAGUGCUAAGUAGUGACUUGCUGAUGGGCCAGAUGGAAACCAAAGCAAACAGAAAAACCAUUUGCUCAUUUUUGUUUCACAGUUUCAGUUUCACAGUUUCAGUUUCUGUUUGAUAAAACCCCAGAACUACAUGCAUUGCAUAUGUUGUCACAUUAUACUACAGCCUUCCUACUGAAGGCACAUCUGAAGGCAGCGAUAGCCUGACACUGGUGUCUGACAGACGGAAGUGUGUGUGAGAGCAAGUAUGAUUUUUAAAAUUUCUGCAUUAGUGUCAUGCUUUCAUUCCUUUAUCUAUUUGGUAGUGGUACAUAUCUGUGCCCUUAAAGAGCUCUGUCAUUAGUGGAAUAGUAUCAUUAGCAAUGUCCAAAGGGAACUUCUACUUUGAUUCACAGUGAUUGCAGCAUCUCCCAGACUGUAUCAUAAACAAACUUGCAGCUGUAUUAGGAUCUGAAAUGCCUGCUCCUGUCAGUCAUACAAUCUUGUAUGGCAACAGGUCCAUUAAGAAUUUCAGACUUGCCAUUUAGAAAGGGCAUCUGAAAGUCCAGCUCCCUGCUUAUAGCAUGGUGUGCUCAGGGCUUUGUCUAGGAAGGCUGGGCAACCUGUUUCAGUCUUAAACUAGACUCACUGUGGAGAAUUCCUCUCGUCACAACAACCAUUAACUAUUGUCUUGCUGCAAGAUGCCAAAAUGAGUCUGACACAGUUUUCUUUAUAGCUCACUAGUUAGCUGGAGACAGUAGCAGUGCCUCCGCAUCCCAUGCCCACCACACCUUCCCGUCUGGAGGGCUUGGCCUGGGUGUGUUUCUCAGCCAUCUUGUGCUCCACCUCUCUGUGGACUCUAUAUAGUCAAGGUCACUAAAAGAAGUAGUUAACCAAGAUUUCCUGCUUUGCUGAUUUGGAAACAAGGACAUUUCUGGCAGGCCUCUGUUUAAUCUUUCAAACUUAAUGCAGUGCUGUAUAGGUGGUUCCUUUAGAAGCACACAUCUUAAUGAUACUGUUAUGUUACUCCCACAUUAGGAAUGCUGAGAACUGGGUUUCAAGACAAGUUACUGAAGUUAAGUUAUUGAAAACAUUCUUCUUCAUGGAAGCUUUCUUCACUUGGGAGUGAGACAACAAAAGCUCACCUUUGUGAGCUCAUCAUUUAUGCCCCACACAGUGCAGUUUGAAUUGAGAGUUGUGAAUUUGGCUUCUGGUUAAUAAAAUCCUUGAGUACAGACAACAUUUUUCAAAGUAAAUUGAUGUGACUAAAGGUGAAAAAACUGAAUGCUUAAAAGUCUGGCUCUGUAUUUUAGAGACUGCUCCUCUGUGACUUUAAGCUACUCCUACGGCAUCCUCAAAUACUGAUUCUUGCAUAUGAAAACUCCCCUUCAUUUUGUAACUCAUACCACAUACCUUUGGGAAUAGUGGCCUUCAUUUAGUAUUAAGUAUGAAAUCAGGUCUCCUUGAAUAGUGGGAAGAAAAAAAUCACACUAGUAAUGCUGGACAGUUUUGUCCUCUGAAGGGCACGAGCACAAGCUUCAUGAAAACUCACCUUUUCAAGUUGUGUGAAAAAAAAUGACAUUAAGGCGGGAGGGAGGGAGGGAAGGCAGGAAGGAAGGUAGAUCAACCUCAAGCAUUUCUAAAGCAUGUGAUGUAGAUGCAGCUUUAAAGUACAUGUCAAAUAGCGCAAAAAUAUGUGGACAAAUACUUGUUAAAGGACUCAUUUGAUUCUUCUGGUUCAAAGGCUCAGUAUUUAAAGCUGUCAUAUGGAAAAACAUUUUGAAGAGAAAGAUUCCGGAGAGAGAGAGGGUUUGCUGUUUUCUCAUUUUUGCUAAGCAGCCAUGCACUGCAACCAGUUUUUGCUAUUAGAUGUACAAAAGCCUAUGGUUCUAAAACAGUAGCUUCAGCUUCCAUUUCAAUAAAAAAAAAAAAAAA